ACUUUUUUCAUUGCCCAUCUGUUCUGGGCCACUCCUUUUAGCCCUGCCCUGCCCAACCUUCCUGGCCUCACCUUCCCUCUGCCAACAAAGGUCCAGUCAGGUUUUAUGGACUCUGAUAAGGGCCAAAGUUCACCAGCACUUCCUCUUUACAAAAGAACCUAGAGGGGCUCUGAGCUGAGUUGCACCAGGUGUGGCCCCAAUGAUCUGGAUGGUGGUUGAUCACUCGUGAGGCUGGUAAGAGAAGGGAGCCUGGGAUGUGGAGAAGAGGGACCCCACCAUGGACCCUGCCCUGUAGCCACACCCUUAUCCUCAGGUAUAAGAGCCACCCACCGCCUGCUUGCUGCCACCAUUCACAACUCCUGCAGCUUUCCUCACAGGAGAAGUCACCAGCCCAGCCUCUCAAGAUGGCCUUUGUCCCUGCACCAGGCUACCAGCCCACCUACAACCCGACGCUGCCCUACCACAACCCCAUACCAGGAGGUCUCAGAGCUGGAAUGUCCAUUUACAUCCAAGGAGUGGCUAGCGAGCACAUGAAGAGGUUCUUCGUGAACUUCGAGGUGGGGCAGGGCCAAGGGGCAGACGUCGCCUUCCACUUCAAUCCCCGCUUUGAUGGCUGGGAUAAGGUGGUCUUGAACUCGAAGCAGAAAGGCUCGUGGGGCAAUGAGGAGAGGAAAAUGAGCAUGCCCUUCCGCAAGGGCGCGGCCUUCGAGCUGGUGUUCAUGGUCAUGACGGAGCACUUCAAGGUGGUGGUGAAUGGGACUCCCUUCUAUGAGUUUAAGCACCGGAUCCCGCUGCAGAUGGUCACCCACCUGCAUGUGGAUGGUGACCUGAUGCUUCAAUCAAUUAACUUCAUCGGAGGCCAGCCUCCCUCAAACCAGAUGCCCAUGCCUGCUCAGGCGUACCCAAAUCCCGGACAGUACUAUCAGCAACAAAGCAGACUGCCUACCAUGGAGGGACCCCCAGCCUUCAACCCGCCCGUGCCAUUUAAUGGGAGACUGCAAGGGGGGCUUAUAGCUCGAAGAACCAUCAUUAUCAAGGGCUACAUACCCCCCACAGCCAAGAGCUUUGUCAUCAACUUCAAGGUGGGAUCCUCUGGGGACGUGGCUCUGCACAUUAACCCCCGCAUGACCGAGGGCGCAGUGGUUCGGAACAGCUUUCUGAAUGGCUCCUGGGGAUCUGAGGAGAGGAAGGUCCCCUACAACCCGUUUGGUCCUGGACAGUUCUUUGAUCUGUCCGUUCGUUGUGGCGCAGACCGCUUCAAGGUCUAUGCCAACGGCCAGCACCUCUUCGACUUCUCCCAUCGCCUCUCAGCCUUCCAGAGGGUGGACUUGGUGGAGAUCCACGGUGAUGUCACCUUGUCCUACGUCCAGAUCUGAUCUAUCCCUGGGGCCAUAACCCUUGGGAACACAGAGGAAGAUCCUGUAGGACCCUUUCUAAGCCCCUAAUAAAAUGUCUGAGGGUGUCUCAUGA